GCGGCGGCCUUCGGGGUCUCUGCGCUGGACGCCUCGCUGCCCUUCGACGAGCUGGCGCUGAUCAAGGAGAAUGCCCUAGCCUCGGGCCUCGACAGGGCGCCGGGGAAUUUCAGCCGGAGGCCUCCGGCUUCUUCUGGCGAGUGGCAGAUCUACAUGCAGGGU